AUGCCCAACCUCAAAAUCCCACCACUUUUAUCUCCAAUCCCCGAAUCUGUACUGUUGAGAUACGCCACUAUCUAUGAAUCCAACACCGACAUCGACGGCCCCUCGGAGGAGCCAGAGAUGCCAGGCCAUACCCACAGAGCACUCCCUCGGUUUCUCCGGGGAAUACCCAUCGACUGGUCACAGGGUUACUUUACAUGGCAGCGCACGGGAUGCGAUUGCGUGGUCAAGUUCUGCCCGCAACAUUGCCGGGAGCUCACAGGAUCAAACGAGGACGAAUCCGAGGACCAUUCUAUGCCUGCGCCUGGUUUGCGAGCCGAUUCUUCGGAUCCGUAUGAUCUCAGUUCCAACGACUAUCCCCUUGAUUCAAACAACGAGACGGUCGAUGAUAGCGAUGAACACAAUAUUGACGAUGAUGACCACAAUAGCGAGGUCGAUCAUAACGAUGCCGACGACGAGGCUGGGUCGGGUUCCUCAGAUGAAACAGCCGAUGACGACGGAAACGACAUGCAGUAUGCAAGUCACGAGCCGCAUAAUGCAUCGGUACUGGCUAGCAUCGAAGGUGGACACCAAUCAGAUAGGGAGGAAUCACCUACUCUCUCUGUUUCACCUGGAGAGAAGACUGCCCGGGACGACCCAGACAACCCUCAUGAAGCAAAGGGCAUAGUCUCUCUCAGCGAUCGUGACCAGCCAGAUGAUAUCAUGGACGAUUCGAACGAGACCGAGGUGCCCAACCCCGAACUUCCCCAGCUGCAGCCGCGAGGCCCUAAUGUUCAACGAGUGCAACGGCCUGUGCACCAGCCUCCGCCAGCUGAGCUAGGUAUCGAAAUGGAGUAUCUUGAAGCCCUCCACGAAGAGCUCAGGAACGAAGUAAUCGCCGAUACCCAGGCUAAGGCUAAGGCGAAUGCUAGCGGCACACAGAAAUCCCAGCCCCAGGCGCAUAGGCGCAAGCGUGAGCAGAUUUCCCAAAGGCAUGGCGGCGAAAGCGGCGCAAACGCCGAGAUCUUCCAAGAGAUGUCUGGAGUACUCCCGGAGAACCUUCGUAACGAAAUACUACUCCCUCUGCAGGCUCCGGCUCGGGCUCAGGUCUCAGCCUUCCCUACCUUGAGCAGCCGCUCAGUCACGUCUGCCACAGCCAGCAACAGGCCUGCUUACCAAACGAGUCGACACGUCGCUCGGGAAGCUGUCCCUAGAUCCCGGUCUCGGCAUGCUAUUCCUCGCUCGCCGCAACAUCAUCAAGGUCGGAGAUCAGACUUUCUGGCUACGGUAUUAGAUACUAGCCCUUCUCCGGCGGCUGGUUCUAUCCAGACACCUGACGACGGAGGAGAUAGGGCCCACAGUCAUGCAUCAGCGCCACCCGGGCCAUCUCGAAUCAUGCCACCCACGGGGUUUUUCUCUACGUCAGAACCAAAACCUGUCGCCAGAAAGCUCUUUGGCCGAUCUGAUGUAUCCCAGCCACGUUCAGCGCCAGCACCCGCAAACGACAUGGAUCUCGGGGAGGCCGAUGGUAUGGUGACGCGGAGUCAGAGCCAUCGUCGCGGUAUAGUUGAUACUGUUGAUGAGGUCGGGGAGUCAAGCAAGGUCGGCGAGAGUAUAGGUAUGGUGACGCGAAGUCAAGGCCGUCGUCGCAGUCAAGCUCGGAAUGGCGUAGAGGUGCAGGACAAUCAGGACAACGGAGACAAGGAGGAUCAGAAGCAGGAGCAGGACAUACGGGAUGAAGAAGCGUCAAGAAGCAACAAGAGGAGAAAGAAAGUGAAUGAGAAUCGAGAGUCUUCAGGGCAUGAUGACGAGGUGGAAGGAAAGCAGAAGAAGAAGAAGGCACCAGGUAGAGCCAAGAGGGGGGAACCAAAAAGGAGCGGGAACACAAAGACGUAUGGGAAGAGGGUAAAGACGAGGAGGGUUUGA